AAGCAUGGCGGGGGCGGGGCGCUUGCAUCGGAAAGAUGGCGCUACGUCUACUGCGAGGUGCGGUACGCGGAGCGACAGUGGCGGCGCUGCAGAGGCUGAAAGCAUCUCUGGCAGCUGAUGUGCCCAGGCUUGGAUAUAGUUCCUCACCCAAUCACAAGUACAUUCCUCGGAGGGCAGUGCUCUAUGUACCUGGAAAUGAAGAAAAGAAAAUAAAGAAGAUUCCGUCCCUGAAUGUUGAUUGUGCAGUGCUCGACUGUGAGGAUGGUGUAGCUAUGAACAAAAAGAAUGAAGCUCGAUUAAGAAUAGUAAAAACUCUUGAAGACUUUGAUCUGGGCCCAACUGAAAAGUGUGUGAGAAUCAACUCAGUGUCCAGUGGUCUGGCUGAAGAAGACCUGGAGACCCUCUUGCAAUCCCAGGUCCUUCCUUCCAGCCUAAUGCUACCAAAGGUGGAAGGUCCUGAAGAAAUCCAGUGGUUUUCAGACAAAUUUUCCUUCUACUUAAAAGGCCGAAAACUUGAACAACCUGUGAAUUUAAUCCCUUUUGUGGAAACUGCAAUGGGUUUGCUCAAUUUUAAGGCAGUGUGUGAAGAAGCAGUAAAGACUGGGCCUCAAGUGGGUCUUUUUCUAGAUGCUGUCGUUUUUGGAGGAGAAGAUUUUCGAGCCAGCAUAGGUGCAACAAGUAGUAAAGAAACCCAAGAUAUUCUCUAUGCCCGACAAAAGAUUAUUGUUGUAGCAAAGGCCUUUGGGCUACAGGCCAUAGACCUGGUGUACAUUGACUUUCGAGAUGAAGAGGGGCUUCUCAGGCAGUCCAGAGAAGGAGCUACAAUGGGAUUUACUGGCAAGCAGGUGAUACACCCUAAUCAAAUUGCGGUUGUUCAGGAGCAAUUUUCUCCUUCCCCUGAAAAAAUUAAGUGGGCUGAGGAACUGAUCACUGCCUUUAAAGAACAUCAACAACUGGGAAAGGGAGCCUUUACUUUCCAAGGGAGUAUGAUCGACAUGCCAUUACUGAAGCAAGCCCAGAACAUUGUUACGCUUGCCACAUCCAUCAAGGAAAAAUGAUCUGUUAAAUUAAGCUCUCGUCAUGUGGGCUGAACGUAUACAGUGGAUUUCUUAAAGACAGACCAUAAUACCCAAGGCAACUUGUUAGUAUGCCAAAUUGGAACUUUUCUCAAUUUACAGUUCAUGGUAAUCGCAUUUGUUGUCCCUGUUCUUAUCUCAGUGGCCACUUAUUCCUCUAAAAUGAACUUUCUUCUUUUUGGUUCUAAGUUCAUGAUUUUAUUAUUCAUUUAUAUGUUAUAGAUGUACACUUGUUAUUUCACAGGGAGAUAAAAUAGUAGGGAAAGAUAUCUGUGAGGGGAAAUUAGGUCUUUCCCAAUAUGCAUACUCCCUUCAUCCUCACGUUAGAUGUUUCCCACAUUAUUCAUUUGUUCACUUGACUCCAUAAAUAAUUUUAAGGAAGGCUAGGCUUUUAAAAAAUAAUAACUGAACCGAGGGAUUGUGUUUAUUUCAAUAGAAAUCUGAUUUUAAAAAACACAACAGAGAUAACAUAGAAAAGUUGAUUAAUGAUCAUAUUGGUUUAUACAGAUAUCUCAAAAAAAAUCUUCAGAACUGAUUACUGUUAACCUCCACCCCCCCAAAAUGAAACAUCCAUAAUCAUGUAACUGUUCAGUGGUGGCUGAGAAAGUCCACAUCCUGGAUGAAUGCUUUGGGUCGUUACCAGCAAUUAAAAAAUAAAUGUGCAUAAACACAA